AUGAAGUUCUCUAUUAUUACUGCCCUUACUACCCUUGCUGCCCUGACCAGCGCCUUCGACGUCUCGGUCACUCUCUACGGCGAGAACAACGAAGACUUUUACAGCCUCUUGGUUCCAACUGACAGGACCCCAGUCCAAAUCGACAACCCCUUGGUCGUUCACCGCGUUACCUCGCCCGGCGGCGGCUUCUGUACCUUUGUCGGCGUCGAUGGGGAGAGUGUUGUUAUCUAUGCACAGGAUGAGAAGUUCCUCACGAAGCCGCAGGCGAUAAAAUGGGGGAGUUGCGGAAAUAACUAA